GUAGGACUGUAGUGGUGUGAUUACGACGUGUUGUUACUUGCAGGUGGGUUGGGGCGCGUCCGGAGACGCCUCUUCUUUCCCGAGCGCUGACCUCCAGCUAUAUAAUAUCCUCUCUCACGUUCAAUCUUUUCAGAAUCUGGAAUACUACACAACAUCCAAAUCUGACUUUUCUGCUGAGUUCAUCUUCGAGAGUUUUCUACUAACAGAACCAUGGUGUUCCAUAAGGAAUUUCAGACUGCAGGAAAGGAGCCUGGUCUUCAGGUGUGGCGCGUGGAGAAGAUGGAUCUGAAGCCGGUUCUUAAACAGCUCCACGGAAACUUCUUCACCGGAGACUGCUACGUUCUUCUCUACACCACGGCUGCCCCCUCAUACUACAUCCACAUGUGGCUGGGAAGUGAGAGUUCUCAGGAUGAGAAAGGUGCGGCAGCCAUCUUUACCACCCAGCUGGAUGAUUUCCUGGGCGGAGGCCCGGUCCAGUUCAGAGAGGUGCAGAACAACGAGUCUCUCACCUUCCUGGGUUACUUCAAGUCUGGCAUCAAGUACAAGCAAGGUGGGGUGGCCUCUGGCUUCCAGCACGUGGUGACCAACGACAUGAACGUCAAGCGUCUGCUGCACAUCAAGGGCCGCAGGGCCAUCAGGGCCACGGAGGUAGACAUGUCUUGGUCCAGCUUCAACAGAGGAGACUGUUUCAUCAUCGACCUAGGAAAGGACGUCUUCCAGUGGUGUGGCAGCGAGUGCAACAGCUUUGAGCGUCUGAAGGCGUCCCAGGUGGCCAUCGAUGUCCGUGACAACGAGAGGAAUGGCCGUGCCACUCUGCUGAUGAUUGAGGAGGGAGGAGAGCCACAGGCUGUCAUCGACGCUCUAGGGCCCAAACCCAACAUCCCUGCAGGAAGCCCUGAUGACGAGUCUGUUGAUAGAUCCAACCAGAAGAAGGGAGCUCUCUACAUGAUCUCUGAUGCGGCAGGCUCCAUGAAGGCAUCAGUGGUGGCCCAGACCAGCCCCUUCAAACAAGAAAUGCUUUCCCCCAGUGAGUGUUACAUUCUGGACAAUGGAGUGGACAGCAAGAUCUUCAUCUGGAAAGGACCUAGUGCCAACACAGCUGAACGCAAUGCUGCCAUGAAGGCCGCAGAGCAGUUUAUCAAGGAGAAUAAGUACCCCAGACACACCCAGGUCCAGGUGUUGCCAGGCGGAGGAGAGACCACCCUGUUCAAGCAGUUCUUCUGUAACUGGAAGGAUAAGGACCAGACCACGGGCCCAGGCCAGGCCUACAGCUUGGGGCGUAUCGCCAGGGUGGUGCAGGUCCCCUUUGACUCCUCCGGCCUGCACACCAACAAGACCAUGGCAGCCCAGCAUGGCAUGGUGGAUGACGGAUCCGGGAAGGUUCAGGUGUGGCGUGUGGAGGAUGGUGACCAGGUGCCAGUGGACCCCUCCAGCUAUGGCCAGUUCUAUGGAGGUGACUGCUACCUGGUACUGUACAGCUACCGCCUGGGAGGCAGGGAGCAGCACAUCAUCUACACCUGGCAGGGGCUGAAGUGUACUCAGGAUGAGCUGGCUGCCUCCGCCUUCCUGACUGUCAGGCUGGAUGACUCCAUGGGAGGGUCUCCUGUCCAGGUGCGUGUGACUCAGGGCCAGGAGCCGGCCCACCUGAUGAGUCUUUUCAAGGGGAAGCCCAUGGUGAUCCACCUGGGGGGGACGUCCCGUAAGGGAGGCCAGAGCAGGGUGGGCUCCACACGCCUCUUCCACAUCCGCCAGAGCUCCACCAGGGCCACACGGGCUGUAGAGGUGGAGCCCUCUGCUGCAUUCCUGAACACCAAUGAUGUGUUUGUGCUGAAGUCCCCUAACACUGUGUUCCUGUGGAGGGGAGUGGGGGCCACUGAGGAGGAGCUGGCUGCAGCCCAAUAUGUCACCACUUUCCUGGGAGGAGGAAGUGCCACUGAGGUGUCAGAGGGCAAGGAGCCAGCUGGGUUCUGGUCUGCUCUGGGAGGGAAGAAGGAGUACCAGACCUCUAGGAGCCUGCAGAAGAUGGUUAAGCCACCACGCCUGUUUGGCUGCUCUAACAAGACUGGCAGGCUCAUAGCUGAGGAGGUGCCUGGAGAUUUCAACCAGUCAGACUUGGCAACUGAUGACGUCAUGCUUCUGGACACUUGGGAUCAGAUCUUCCUCUGGAUCGGCAACGAAGCCAAUGAGGUGGAGAGGACCGGAUCAGCAAAAAUUGCCAAAGACUAUGUGGAUUCGGACCCUUCUGGUCGCCGGGGCAUUGCCAUCACUACGAUCAAGCAGGGAAUGGAACCACCAACCUUCACCGGCUGGUUCCAGGCCUGGGACCCCAAGUUGUGGGAAACCGACCCUCUGGAGCGUAUCCGCGCCCGCUUUUAAACUUUACUGUGCUCAACCACUUCCUCCUGCUCCCUCCCCUCGCAUGGCUUCUUCUCCUGCAUUAUCCUCUACUCCUGAAAACACAAGGCCUUGACAUCUGAAAGACAAAUGCAAGCAGUUGGACCCAUAAACCCAAUGAAACUGGUCUGGUCCAUUAUAUUGGAUUAGCCUGGUCUCAGAUCUGUUUGUGUUCUUGCAUACUCCAUUGCUGGUAUUGUCAAGCCAAAUGUUUGACAUGAAAGUGAGUGACAAGAGGUUGGAAUGAUAGCACAAACAGACUGGCACUCAUGCUAUGCUUGGAUGAAUAUCUCAGAAAAUGUUGUCUUUAUUUUGUUAUUAUCAUGUAUAACUGUAUGGCUUCUCAAUGAAACAAGUGCCAAUGCUCAAACACAGGAAUGAUAGUUAAAUACAAGAAAAUUCCAAGUCUAUUUCAUGCUUGUAUACUGUCGUAAUUUUACUCUGAAUCCGAUAAAAAUGUACUUCUGAAGAGAAACAACCAACAACCAGGUUUUAUGGGAUUUGAUGAUUGUUGUAUUAAAACAUCCUGCUUUUUGAAAGGGGGUUGUGUUUUUUUAUUAUUUCUUGCAUUAUGUACACUGAACAAAAAUAUAAACGCAACAUGUGAAGUGUUGGUCCCAUGUUUCAUGAACUAAAAUAAAAGAUCCCAGAAAUGUUC